CAAAGAAAAGAAAAUAGACCCCAAAUUGAAUUAAAAAUCCUACAAUGGUUUGAACUAAAAAAUCUUUAAAAUAUUGUGGCAGAAAGUGUUGACUAUACUAAAAUGCAUUAUUGGCUUUGAACAGCAAACGGCCUAAAAAGAAAUGACCAGUUAAUAAUAUUAUCUGAAGCAAUUUUAUUUUUUGCUUUCUGGCAGCAAAUAUGGUAUCUUAGCCAAUUUCAUAUUCUUCUUAAUCUUGACAUCAUUCUGCAGCCAAACAUGUAUCAUUAACAUUUUAUCUGUAGUUGCAAUAAGCUCAUUGAAGCCUGGUGAUGUACUCAAUAAUUCACAAAUACUUCAUUCAGAAGGUGGAAAAUUUCAGUUAGGAUUUUUCUCAAAAUAUGAAAACUAUCAUCUUGGAAUAUGGUAGGCAGGUGAUCCAGAAGAUAGGAAAUUGUGGAUAGCAAAUCAAAAUGUACCUAUAUUGAACAAUUCAGGAUUGCUCACAUUAGAUUCUACAGGAACAUUGAAAAUAACCAGUGGAGGAAUUACAGUUGUGAAUAUUGUCAAGUCUACAGGAUUGACAGGAAGUUUAGUAGCUAGGCUUCAAGAUUCUGGAAAUUUUGUGCUUCAGGUUGAGACUCGGAACAAGACUUUAUGGCAAAGCUUCGAUCAUCCUACCAGUUGUCUUUUGCCUGGUAUGAAGCUUGGUUAUAACCUUACCACAAGGCAGAAUUGGACUUUAACUUCUUGGUUGAGUUUUAGUGUUCCGGCCUCGGGGGCUUUUACUUUAAGCUUGGAGGCCAUUAAAGAUACAUUCCAGUUGGUUAUUCGUCGAAGGGGCAAGGUUUAUUGGACUAGUGGGGCUUGGAACGAUCAAGGUUUCCCAUUCUUAAAUACUAUUUAUCAGUACUAUUUCAACUUGGUAUCCGAUAAAGACGGGAUGUUCAUUCAAUUGAAGGAUAGAGUGGGAGGUUUUCCAAGUCUUGAGUUGUUUCCAGAUGGAUCUAUUAUUGGUGGACAUGGUCCUAUAUUCACCCGUUUUAAUAAGUUCUGUUAUGGUUAUGAAAGUGACGGUGGUUGUGUCUCUAGUCAGUUGCCUGCGUGCCGAAAGGAUGGUGAUAAAUUUGAGCAAAAGAGAGGAGACUUUACAGAUAUAUCUGAUACUAGUACUAAUUACUAUGAUAAUGCAAGCAGUAGUCUUGGUGAUUGUAUGCAGAAGUGUUGGGAGCUUUGCAGUUGUAUUGGCUUCACCACCAUCAGUGACAAUGGGACGGGCUACCAGAUUUGGAAGGGAAAGAAGGGGGAUUUUGAAAUCGAUGAGACUGGUAAUGCAUUGCAAAGAUAUGUUCUGGUUUCACCGAAAUCAUCUAAAGGUGCAGGAAAAAGUUGGAUAUGGAUAGUAAUUGUUGUAGCUAUUUUUAUCACUUUGACAUUAUCUGGUUUCACCAGUUACAUUAUAAUGAGAAGACGCAAACUACAAGAUAAGAAAAGAAAGGAGGAAGAGCAUAUACGUGAGUUGACUGCAGCAGCCAGCUUCAACAACACAAAUUUGAAGGGGGAAGAUGGAAGGGAAGUACAAGAUCUGAAGAUAUUCAGCUUUGGAUUCAUAUCGACAGCCACAAACAACUUCUCGAGUGAAAACAAGCUCGGACAGGGUGGUUUUGGGCCUGUUUAUAAGGGAAAAUUUCCAGAUGGGAGAGAGGUGGCAGUCAAGAGACUUUCAAGAACAUCGGGUCAAGGGCUUGUGGAGUUCAAGAAUGAGCUUAUAUUAAUUGCAAAAGUUCAGCAUACAAAUCUAGUACGAGUUAUAGGAUGUUGUAUUCAUGAAGAUGAAAAAAUGUUGAUAUAUGAGUACAUGCCUAACAAGAGCUUGGAC